AUGUUGACCAAGUACAGGAAUUCCAAACGGAAGCGCAUAACCGUACAUACGAAAAUGAGUUACACAAAGAAUGCGCCAUUAAAAAGAUCCCCCUUCACGGGGCUUAAUAGUGAAAAGGCAAUUGCGGAAAACCCCAAGAUUCACGCAUCCAUAAGGGAAAAGCAACUAAAAAUUGCCGAGUUAAUGAUUUACAGGAAAAAUGACAAUGUGGUGAAAAAGAAUGUCAACUUCCUCCCGCCAGACAAGAAAGAAGAGACCGAGAAAAAGGACGAUAUAGAAGAAACAAAAAAAUUUAGCAUAUCCAACGCAUCAAUAGCCGAAAUUCUGAACAAAAAAUUAUUUGGCAAUCGUUCUUCCUGGAACAAUAAGACUGGAUCUUCUAUCUACAAAACCAAAAGUGGAGAAAAAUUGUCCAUAUUAAGCAACUACAGAAAUUCAUUUGCAAAUAAAGAAGAUUCGAACAUUACUAAUAAGGUGAGUGAAAGUCAUAAGGAGAACCUGAAGGAAUUUCUGCGAAUGAAAAGUUGUGCAUAUUCCUCAAAAAGUAUUUUUUUUGCGCAAAAAAAGUUAAGUGGUAUAUCCAAGAAAAGCUAUUCUGCGGAUAGAAUAGUUUCCUUGAAUUCACAGAAUUCAGGGGAGGAAGUAGAUGCCGGCAGGGGGGGCAUAUCAUUAAUGCAAAGGGUACGCAGUGGUCCUACUAACACGGGCACUGCUGGCGGGAGUGAUGACGACCUGGACGGUGGGAGUUAUUGUAAUCUUAAUGAGGGCAUGAGUAAUGGAGAAAAUAGAGACAGUGAUGACAACCGCGCUCAUGACCACGAAGACAGUACUCCUAGCUCUCACCCUGCAUACAACCAGGGCAAUCAGUCCAAAAGGGACGAAUUAAAAAAAAGCAAAAAUGAAUCUCAUAAGAAUACACGUUCUUACAGGUUCUUUAGAAGCCGAAAAAGUGCGAAGCCGUCACCAAGUGACGAGAACAAUGCGAAAGACAAAAAAAGGAAAAUCAAUUCUUUUUUUGAUUUUUUAAACUUAAAAAAAAGGUAUAAUAAAAGAAAAAAUGACCUUCAGGCAGAAAAUGACAAAAAAAAGAAAAAUGCUUCUAAGGAACAGGAAGAAAUCAACUGCCCUAGUUCAGAUAGAGAGAAGUCUUCAAGUUCUUCCCAUCCAAAUAAAAAAAACAUAAAAUCUUUUUUUUGCGUUAAGUGA